AUGGCACGACGCAUCAACGUAAAUGAGGAACCAUAUGCAGGUUUUCUACCCGAGACUCAGAUACCACAAUGUAAUCCGACAAACACAUUUCACACUACCGACGCGCGAUGCAAACGAUACUGUUGUGCAGUUUGUGGUGAAUGUCAUCCGGUCACUGCCAGUCAAACUCAGCGUCUGACCGAGUGGCUCACUGGAGUAUCGUUACCGGACGCUUUGCAUCGCUCGACCGAAGCGAAACUCAUCGAUGACUACACUCAAACGCGAUUUAGACAGGCCCGUGAAAUUGAUAACAAUCCGUGCACGAUCGCACAGAGGGCCAUCGAUAAGAUAAACAAAAGUGCCAAUGCCUUUCAUCCCUGUUAG